GUCGGCUUGCUUCUGCGAGGUUCCGCUUCCUCUCUGCCUGGUUCCUCCCCGGGCCGAAAGACUAGAACCAGGCUGGGAGAUCUCGGGGAGAGAAACAGGAGUAAACUGCCCUACCUUUAACAUCCUGCGGGCACGUUUGUAAAAUCUCAGAGUCAAAUCUGGGCUGUAGACGGACUGAAAGUCGGCGCAGGCGGGGCGGAGUUUGGGGAGUUUGGCCGGAGGAGUGCGGUUGACUUUUUUGCGGUUGACAACAACCGGUGAACGUGUGUGUGUAGAUGUGUGACAGCGGAGUGUGUGAGGACAAGCCCCCCGCCCCCCCUGUCAGGAUGAGCAGCCAAGGAGGAGGAGCCAAGGACCCCCAGUCAGCCAAUCACAGCUCUCGGCCGCUGCCGUCUGUGCCGGAGGAGAGGAAGUCCAGAAACAAGAUCAUCUCCAUGUUUGCCUCUGAGAAAGGCGGCAGGAAGAAGGACCGGGACAAGGACAGGCCUGAGAUCUCUUCGCCUUCAGACUUUGAACACACCAUCCAUGUGGGUUUUGAUGCUGUUACCGGAGAAUUCACCGGAAUGCCGGAGCAGUGGGCACGUCUUCUCCAAACCUCCAACAUCAGUAAAUCAGAACAGAAACAGAACCCUCAGGCCGUCCUCGACAUUCUCAAGUUCUACGAUUCCACCAGUGGAAAACAGAAAUACCUCAGUUUUUCCGCCUUGGAUAAAGAUUCACAAUCGCCGGGCAAGCAGGGUACUGCGACCUCCCCAUCAGGCAAAGACGGAGACGACGACGAUGACGAUGAUACACCACCUCCAGUUGUGGCACCACGGCCGGAGCACACAAAAUCAGUGUACACAAAGUCAGUGAUUGACCCGAUCCCAGCUCCAGACGGAGACGCCGCCUCCAGGGCAGCUGACAAGAAGAAGAAGGGAGGCAAGAUGACCGAUGAGGAGAUCAUGGACAAACUAAGAACUAUUGUCAGUAUUGGAGAUCCUAAGAAGAAAUACACUCGCUAUGAAAAGAUCGGCCAGGGGGCAUCUGGCACAGUUUACACAGCCAUAGAUGUUUCCACAGGACAAGAGGUGGCCAUCAAGCAGAUCAACUUGCAGAAACAGCCAAAGAAAGAGCUAAUUAUCAACGAGAUCCUGGUCAUGAAGGAGAUGAAGAACCCCAACAUUGUCAACUUCCUAGAUAGUUUCCUUGUUGGAGACGAGCUUUUUGUGGUGAUGGAGUACCUGGCUGGUGGCUCACUGACUGACGUUGUGACGGAGACAUGCAUGGACGAGGCUCAGAUUGCUGCCGUCUGCAGAGAGGUCCUUCAGGCUCUGGAGUUUCUUCAUGCCAACCAGGUCAUCCACAGAGACAUCAAGAGUGACAACGUACUCCUGGGGAUGGAUGGAUCAGUUAAACUCACUGACUUUGGCUUCUGUGCCCAGAUCACCCCAGAGCAGAGCAAACGCAGCACCAUGGUCGGGACUCCGUACUGGAUGGCUCCAGAGGUGGUGACCAGGAAAGCUUACGGACCCAAAGUGGACAUUUGGUCUCUGGGGAUUAUGGCCAUAGAGAUGGUGGAAGGAGAGCCUCCGUAUCUCAAUGAGAACCCUCUCAGGGCGUUGUAUUUAAUCGCCACCAAUGGGACUCCUGAGCUACAGAGUCCAGAGAAGCUGUCCCCUGUCUUCAGAUCCUUCCUGUCUCGCUGUCUGGAGAUGGACGUGGAGAAACGAGGGUCCGGCAGAGAACUGCUGCAGCAUCCGUUCCUGAGGCUGGCCAAGCCUCUGUCCAGCCUCACUCCGCUCAUCCUGGCAGCCAAGGAGGCCAUGAGGAGCAACCGUUAAACCCCCGUCUCUAAGGACUAUAGCAGCAAACCGCAGCCUCCAGAAUCUUCCACAGGUCGACAUUUGAUGACCAUCAGCAACCUGCGAUUUUUUUUUUCAAACGAUCAUAAAAUGCUGCUUCACUCUCCUCAGUGUUUCUGUGCUGAUUAUAUAUUUAUCUGACCUUUGUGCCUUGUUCUAAAGCUGCACACAGCCAUAGUGUGUGUCUCUGUUUCUUACAGCUACAGCAUGUGUGUGCGUUUGUUCAUGUUGACACUGGUUACUAUGCAUAUCAGGAAUGCAGGAGCACUGUUAUUCUAGGCACUUUGCACACCAAGGUCCAUUUUCACAGAGAAUCUCAUCUUAGUGCUGGGGGUUGAACUGAAAAGGCAUUUGAAGUUCCCAGCAAAAGUUUCAACAAACUCCUCAGAGGAGGGAAAAUAAAAUGUUAUCAAACCACAGGAGCAGACUGGAGCAGCUCGUCUUUUUUUUUUUUUAAGAAAUUUCACAUCCUCCAGCCUUUAUUGUGAAUAUUUUUUGAUAUAUUAGAUAAAAAUUUUACGACAUGAGUGAUCUUGUUUCUCAUUUUUUUUAUUCCACGAUUCUGCUCUGUGACCUUUGCAACUAGUUUCUAUGGUUUUUGUUGCUACGGUUGCAUGUGUGCUCUCUGACUGGGUCCAAUGGGUUUUUUUGGGGGUUUUUUUUGCAAGUGGCAUGAAAAACUAUAGUGUGCUAAAACCGUGCUGUACUGUGGCCCAGAGUGGGACAGUGCAGCCUUUGUACCGUGAAAAAGCUACGCCAGUGUUCUUGCUUCACCCUGCAUCUCACCGAAUAUCAACCAUUCCAGUAAAAGGUGGAGUUUGAGCUACUUUCAGUCUGUUUUUGUACAUGAAACUUUUAAUUAUUUUAUAUUUGUAGCUGAAAAAUGUCCAGAUUCUACAAGUGUCAGUCCUCUGGUGGUAGUAGAAGGUGUUGCUGGGCACCAAAACGCAGCCAUUUACAGACUUUAUAAACCUCUUAUUUCCAGCUUUCUGUGCAGGUCUUCUACAAACUAUGCAAACCAAUCAGAACACUGAAUGAAAAACUUUUCAGCUUACUGUCGAAACUUCACAUUUCUCUAUUUGUCUUUAGCUGUGCCUCCUGUAAUAAUUACCUUACUGUUGGUGUGAGCAACACACACAUACUGUAUGAAACUGUAUGUCAGCCUGUUAAACUGGAGGAAGACUGCUUUUUUUUGUUUGUUUUUUUUUAAUUUUUUGUAUAUUAUGUAAUGUCCUGUAUUUUUAACAGCUUUUACUAUGUACAUCAUUGUUUUGUAUUUGUGACUAACAUCGGUUCAACUGCAGUUAUGGGCUCCGCACCAUUUAAUGUAUUGAAAUGCCUGAGACACUCCGACCUGAAUUAAGCAGGAUUUGGAAUUAACUGUGUCAGAGCACCGGAUGAGUUUUGGUUCAUACCUCAUUUUCCAGAAAGUUUUAAACAAUCACUGGAGAGCAUUCAAAAAUGGCUCCUGACCAGAACACAUUCCAGUUAUACAUGUAAUAUGUGUGAUUGAAGUGUUUCGUUUAUCAUGAAACCAGCAACUUUUUGGCUUUGAAUAAAAUCCAGACAAUUUGUAAAUUAUUAUUAAAGUCGGAUCUGAAUGUA